CAAGGUGUCGAAUCCUGUCAAUCCCCAACGUUCAACUCAUAACAAACAAUUAAUUUCAGUCCAUCGUCGACAAAAAGAUACUCACACAAGUCACUUACAAUGGCCGACCCGCUCGUAGUCUUCAUCACAGGAGCUGGCAGAGGCAUCGGGUUUGCAUUAGCACAAGCCUACCUUUUACAACCGAAUUGCACCGUCAUCGGAAGCACCCGCAAAGAAUCAGCAGAACUGAAGUCAUUACCAACCGCAACCGGAUCCAAGCUCCUUCUCGUCACAAUCGAGAGUACCUCGCCAAAAGAUCCGAAAAAUGCAGUGAAAGACAUAGAAGCCGCCGGGAUCCACCAUAUCGACAUCAUCAUUGCCAAUGCAGGCGUGAGCCCACCUGUCCAUCCUCUCGAGACAGUCGAGCUAGAAACCAUGUUAUCCACCUUCAAAAUCAACGCCCUCGGUCCUCUAGCACUCUUCCAAGCUUCCAAGCAUUUGAUGGAGAAAUCCAGUAACCCGAAAUGGGUGUCUAUCAGCAGUGCUGCCGGUUCCAUCAACGGCAUGGAGGGCUUUGGCUCCUAUGUCGCGCCUGCUUAUUGUGUUUCUAAGGCAGCGUUGAAUUGGAUUACACUUUCUGCACACUGCGGUAAUAAAUGGCUGACGGCUUUCGCGGUGAACCCUGGACUUGUUGCGACGGAUAUGGGCAACGAGACGGUCAAAUUCUUGGGCUUGGAGAAGGCGCCUUAUACGCAGGAGUAUAGUGCAGAGCAGAUUAUGAAGCUGAUCGAGAAGGCGAGUCGUGAGAGUACUUCUGGGAAGUUUGUUGAUGCUAUUAAGGGUGAGGAAGUGCCUUGGUAAUCUGUGAAGGAAGGGAGGUUGGGAUGAUUUUAAGCAGCACUGGUUAUGCUUGAAGAUUGGGCAGAGAGGGAUAUUGACGAUUUGCUACGAUUGGAUCUUCUGGAGAUAC